CUUACACUUUCUUCAGCUUAUAUUUCCCUCUUAAUUGAAAAUCCUUUUCCAGGCACUGCCCUAGAAAAAGAACUCUAUGAAAAACUCUCACUGACCACUUUCAUACAACGACUUCUAACACAGCGUUGUGCCAGUUUCUUUGGUCGUAAUGAUAAAUUUUUACUGUUGUCACGUGAGCGAGGUUGCAGUGGUUUUAUGGAUGUGGGCAAAGCACAUGAAAAACCACCUUUAAUAUUGAAAAAUGUUUUAAGCUAUGAUGAAGUCAAGUUAUCGGCUUUGUUAAGCGUUUCUUCUCAUACGGAGCUGAUUAACAAUGGUAAUCGUCAGAAUUGUGGAGUAAUAGAGAAAAAUAAAUCUCUUAUAGAGAGAUCGGGAGUAGUAGUGGGUAUUAUAGGGGCCCGUUUAACAAGAAGAGAUGUUAUGGAAUUUCAAGAUAUUAUUAUAGCGAAAACACAAAACACUCAAGAAAAUGGUUAUGGUUUCGGCAUAGAUGAGGAUACUACCAAUUCUAAACAUAAAGAUUAUCGUCGUAUAUGGAAACAUUUUUAUGAGGAGCCAGACUUUCUGUACAAUCAAGUGAUUAAGGAUGGCAAACGUUUUGGUGCCUCGAAAAAUAAAGAUGAUAUUUUUGAUAAUUUAAUAAUGAAAAAACGUUAUACUAUAUCCUUUGAUACUCUACUGCUCGAGGCUGAGGCUAGGGCUAAGGCUGAAGAAAAACAAGCUUAUGUUCAUGUAGUGGGUAUAGGUUUGGGUGUUUGGAAGGCAGCUGAACAACAAGAACAAAUUUUUCUGCAGACCUUUACGCAAAGAGUAAAAUAUCUAUUGCCUCAGUUACAACACAUUGGAGUCUUACAUUUCUCUUGGUUUUCUUUAAGCGAAUGUGGUGAAUUGAAAAAUGGUUAUGUUUUCAAAUCGGAAACACAUCCUCAGGGUGGUAUUAAAUGUUUUCUAUCGAAAAGAAAUCCUGCUGAUAAAUUAAAAACCCCAGAAAAUGAUAAUAUGCUUUUGAUUAUUUCUUAUGCCUGGGAUGGUAAUGCCUUACCGGGUAAUGAGUUUUGGAUGAAAAUGUUAAAAUCUACUGGUGAUUCUUCUACUGCCUGCAGUACUCUGAUAACUGAACUACAUAAUCCUCAUAUUAAUGAUGAAUAUGUCAAUGGUGAUAAUUUACAUGUGGCCACUGAAAAAUAUGGCAUUAUACAUAUAGCUGAUUAUGCCCAGAAAAUGGUCGAAUAAUAAUUUUUGUAGCAAAUCUGUAAAUAUUAAAUGUUUUAUGUUGCAACAUUCUGUUUGUGUUAUUUAUUGUAAAUAAUUUAUUCUAAACAUUGUGCAAUAUUU